AUGUUUAAUGCGGUUAUAAUAUUUAUAGGUCAAAAUGAAGCAUUAAAACAGCCUAGUGUUCAGAGUUCUACACAUAUAAACCAAGGAGAUGAUUUAGGUCUGGCAUCUAACGCAGCUGAUGGCAACACCAAUAGUGUUUUUUCCAGUAAAACAUGCAGUCAUACUCAUGAUUCUUUGGACUUGUCUCCUAAUUGGAAUGUAACAUUUGGUCAGUCCCAUGCAAUCAACAGAAUUGUUUUAUACAAUCGAUUUGAUAACACGGGUAAGUUA